AUGGCUUUCGUCAACCAAUUGAGACAGAAUGGUGAAGAAAUCACCGAUGUUUGUGUCAUGGAGAAGGUUCUACGAAGCCUAAAUACAAAGUUCGAGAUUAUCGCCACGAUGAUCGAGGAGACACAGGAUCUCGAGAACAUGAAAAUUGAACAAUUUAUAGGCUCGUUACAAGCCUAUGAGGAGAAAAAGAAAAGGAGGAUGGAGCAAACAGAGACUGUUGAACAACUUCUCCAACUCAAAAUCAAGGAGGAGAAUAAUCGUGGACAUGGAAGAGGUCGUGGUGGUCGAGGCCAUGGUGGAAAAGGUAAAGCCAACACCAAUAUUUCUCAAAACUCGUCUGAAUCCUCAAGAGGAAAAGGAGGUCGAGGUCGUGGAAGACGUGGUGAAAGGUUCAGGAGAGAUAAAUCUCAGGUAAAAUGUUAUAAUUGUAACAAAUAUAGACAUUAUGCGAAUGAGUGUUACUCAUUUCAAAUAGAGUCGAUUGAUCGAAAGCAUCAGGACCGAUCAACCGCUAGCACAUCAAAAGCCCAUCAAGGGCAAUCCAAUUAUGCAGAGGAGAAUGGAACCUUAUUUAUGGUUUCAAAAGGAGAAGAAGAGAGUCAAGAUAGUAUGUGGUAUCUUGACACAGAAGCCUUGAAUCACAUGUGUGGAAAACACGAAAUGUUUGUGGAGUUAAACGAGACGGAGAAAGGUAAUAUUGCCUUUGGAGAAAAUUCUUUGGCCGCCAUCAAAGGAAUAGGUAUCCGAACGUUCGUUAACAGUCCCAAGGAUACCGCAACAAAAUGGCAUGGUGGAGAGGAAGAAUCGGAUAAUCUGGAACAUGGCAAGAAGCAUGCUAAAGACAAAGAAGAUGUCGAGGAAAUUUUAGGCGGAGGCCAUAGCUUGUGCGGUUUAUUUGACAAAUCGAGCACCAACCAAAAGUGUGCUUGA